AAGUCUAACUUAAAAGGACUAGACAUUUCAGGAUCAGAAGAACAUCUGAUAGCCAAACUAUUUGCAGACAAUACUGCUACCUUUCUCUAUGAAGAAGAUUUCAAAGAACUGAAAAAGAUUCUAGACAACUGGUGCAUUGCUAGUGGAGCAUACUUCAAUGUCAAAAAAACUCAAAUAAUACCAAUAAGUAGCAAAGAAUUCUGUUUAAGAGUAGCAAAUAAAUGGAAGAGCAAAACAGAGUUCAGGCAGAUCUCUGAUAACAUUCAAAUCAUUAAAGAAUAA